CGGUCUAGACUCCGAACGAGAUAGACGUGUUGCUCUCAAAGGGAUUAACGUUGGAUCUAUCUACAGAUUAGAAUUCCAGCUUAGAAAAUAUUCCCUUUUCUUUUCUUUCAUCCAAAUACGGGUUUGAGAAGUUAUUACUUUUGUUGUAAAUUUUAUUUUAUUUUUUAAUUGGAACAGUGUUUAUACUGUAGACCGAAAGGUCUAAUUAAUUAGCCCAAACAUGGGCCUAGAUAGCGGGGGCUGUGCCCCUUCUAAACAUAGUAUAUCUUUUCAUGAAAUCAUGAGAGACGACAACUAUGUUGUCAAGGAAAACAAGAGAAGUUUUUUGAGUGAAUCUAAUAAGUCCUUCUCUAAAGCUAAACUCCUAGACAAUACAGAAAUUAGAUCGCGCAACGAACAGAGACGUGCUAAUUUUCAGACACGCCUCGCACAAAAUCGAUUCGACGACACCGAUAUGGGUCCGUUUUAUGUAUUAGUCGAAAGCAGGGAUAAAAAUAUAGGAAAGGCCCAUCCGAUGCUUUUCGGGAAGUGGCUGUACCAGGAUCCGAAUUUGAAAAAUUUUGCUGGAAGCAUUACUGAAAUUCGCGCGACAGGUAAAAACAGGCUUAAGGUUACGGCGUCGUCCAAAGACAUCGCUAAUUAUCUCACUGAAACAGAAUAUUUAAAGAAAGAAAAUUUGUUUACUUACAUCCCGGAUUUUCUCAUUAAAAAAAUAGGCGUUAUUCGAGACGUUGAUCUAGACUUAAGUAAUGACGAAAUUUUGCAGCAUAUGCAAUCCUCGGUCCAACCCCUAAUGGUUGAACGUAUGACCAAAUUCGAAAAGUCAGGAGACAAAAUUAAAAUCUACCCAUUAGAGACGUGUUUAAUUACCUUCAAAGGUCAAAGAUUACCAGAAUUUAUUACAAUCUAUGGCGGUUUAUCACGUGUACGUCCUUACAUCCCAAAAAUAAGACAAUGCAAUCAAUGCUUAAGAUUCAACCAUUCUGCCAAUCAAUGUAGGGGAAAGCUCCGAUGCCCUCGAUGCAGUGAAGAACACACUAUCGAGAAUUGUACCAACUCUGGCGUAAAACCAGUAUGUUGUAACUGUGGUAAAAACCAUUUAUCCACGAGUAAGGAAUGUGAAAUAUUUAAAACAAAAUCUGAGGAAAAUAAGAAAAAACAUAUGGAAACAUCUUUUGCCUCGGUAGUAUCUUCAAAUAGGUUUGAUGUCUUACAACACUUAACUGAAAAACAGGAAGAAGACUUUCCUGUCCUUCCAUCGCCGACAUCAGCAACUCCACGCCGGCAAUACAGAAAAAUUUUGAAAAGACCAAAAUUAGGUUUCAAGGGUCCCUUUGAAAUGAACCAGCCCAAAAAUAUCCCAGAUCUGGCUCGCAAACGACCAAUCACUCAAUCUUUUGAAUCAAAUCCACUAGCCACCUCUCCCGCCGAAAAGUACGUACAAAUAUUAAACAAUUUAGUUUCAAGUAUUCAAGACAAACAAAAUGAAUGGUCCUCAACUGAUAUAAUUGACAAAAUAGGACUAACUCUCUACAAUUUGUAUGUCGAGAAUCAACAUAUCGUUGAAAGUUUGGAGAAUAAAUACCGUUGCUCGGGAAUGGAUCUUGACAAUUAA